ACAACGUCGCUCGCUGGAUCGCGAACACUGCACUCGACAGUCGUCGCUCGGCUGUUCUUUCGUGGUCGGUAGUGGCUGCCGUCUGACAGUGUGGGUCAGACUGCCGUGUUAUCAUCCACGAGGGUCCAUUCGGGGCCCACGAGAGGGUGAGAGUUCGCUCGCGGCAGCAGGUACACACGAUGACACAUUCGGUAACGUCGUUAACAACGAGCGUGCCUGGGACAGAUGCGGCAACGACCGAGUUCACGAUCGAGACGACAACAACGACAACGACAUUGCAGCAGCGUGCUCGUUUACCACGAUAGUGCGUCGCUGCCAACGACGGGAAGGGAGAGUGCCGAGUUCGCGUUCUCGAUGCGGAUGUGUCGUGUCGCGCGCUUUAAACGAGAUACACACGCAUCCACCCGAAUUGUUGUAGGAAGCGCUUGAAGGAGGAAUAUUUCGUUGCUACGAGCGAUACACGUGAGAUAAGAAAGAGAAAGAGAGAAAGAACGCGACGGUCGUCGAACGAAUACAAGUGAAUUCGAAUUGACCGCACGUACGUGUUGGCGCGACACGGGAAAAGCGAGAGAACGAUAAAGAGAGAAAGAGAGAGGGGAGAAAGGAAGAACAGGAUUACGAGACGGAGAGAAAGAGAGACGGGCGCCAUUCGGAAGUAACAGUGUCAAAGCACUCCUCGCCGUUCGCUCGCUCAGUCACCUCGGAGUCGCGCCGUGCGCGCGACGGCACCUGCGAUACGAGUCGUGCGAUGGUACGUGCGAGCCGCGCGCGUACUGUCAUCGUCAGCGUGCAUCGUCGACGACGCGCAGUGAGGUGGUGACCUGGUGCUGUACGUAAAGCAAGAGCGCCCAGACGAACGACAGAAAGCCCCGUGUCGCUCGACGCGCGCGAGCGAACGCUAGCUACUCUCUCGGGUCCGCCUCGCGCCGUCUUUAUCCGACCAAAGCCGAGCGAGGCUCGGCGCGCGCGCCUGGCCUCUCGCUCUUGCCUUCGUGGCGCGAGCGCGACCGCCGCCGCCGCCGCUGCCGUCGUAGUGGUCGUCGUCGUCGUCGCUGCCGCCGCCGCCGUUCUUGCCUUUUCGGCAGCGGAGUUUUCACUGCGGCGCGCGCGACACGCGCACACAUUCCGCGGACGGACGGACGGACACAACCGGCCCACCGUACGUGCCGAAACGAAUCGGGGAUUCGAAGGAAAAAUUCCCUCAUAAUAAUGGAAAGCUCUGCGUGCACCGUGGACUGAAGUGAUCGCUUGUGAAUUUUUCCGUGUGCAUCUCUACAGGAAAGGAUAGAAGGCGGAGAAGGUGGUGGAACGGAAGGAAAAGGAGACAGCAGCAGCAAGAGAGAGAGAGAGAGAGAGACAAACAGAUUAGGUUAGGCUGAACUCACGUCCCGUUCCUCCCCACCUCUCUCAUUCCUCUGCUGCGGCAUCAGGACGCUCCAUCUCGCUUCGAUGUGCACGCCCGUUUCCAUCUAACUUGUGCGCGCUCGAGGGACGAGGACGGCAUGACAGAGUGGGAAGAGAGGAGACCGAGGAAAGGGAGCGAGGAUAGCGCGCGACUGCAGGACCCGAGGAAAAACGCUGGAAAGACACAAAUGCAGAUCGCCGAUGGACUUUCGGUCGCCGAAUCGACGACGACGACGACGGCGACGAUGGCGACGACCCACCACGUAUCUCUCGCCGCUGGCAUGCUGCGUCUCAUCGACAGACUUUCAGGGAAGCGGCGGCACGUGCGCCGGAGUUCGGGCCCAGGUGGUGUCGCCCGCGCUGCUGAGGAAACGCAAAAAGAAGAGGUCAACGAUAGAGGAUGCCACGAGGAGGCGGACGGGAUAUCAAUCGAAGAGAUUAGCUCGUCGGUGACGAGGAGCGAAGUUCUCGGUGACGAUGGCGGCAUCACCGGUCACCACUAUCAUUCGCCGCCUUACCUCUGCCGUCUCCGUUAUCAUAGUCCUCGUCACUCGUCGUCACGUCAACGGUACCACCAUCGAAGGGACAUCGAUGACUGGGGCAGCGACGGCAAUGGCAACGAUAGCGGCGAUGAUGAAAGAGACGAAAACGAUGAGAACGACGACGACGACGACAAAGAGGAGGAGAACGAUAAGAUGUGCCUCGAACGUCUCCAUCCUCGCCUUCAUCGGUUCUAUGAUCGGCGGUCUCGCGGAAGCAGCGACAUUGACGCCGAAGUCCAAGUUCAUCGAACUGAAACGACGACCGUCCAUCCUCUCGCGCGAACCUCGCCUAUCGCGACUACCGCCGUCGCCAACCCCUCUGUCGUCACUGCCAUGGCGAGAGGAUGCAAAAUUCCGCCUUACCUCACGACUAUAUUACUUCUUUCUUACACUCUCUUCGGUAUAGCAGACGCUUGCUCGUCGCGUUCAACGCCAAAACCGAGGCCGCCAACGCCAACGGAUCGGCCGAAUAUUACAUUCCACAUGUACACGUGUCCACCGGAUUACGCAGAGUGGUAUUGUUUGAACGGCGCCACGUGUUUCACCGUGAAAAUUGUCGACUCCCUUCUGUACAACUGUCUAUGCGCCAAUGGAUAUAUCGGGCAAAGAUGCGAGUUUAAAGAUUUGGAUGGUUCCUAUUUACCCUCACGGCAACGAGUAAUGUUGGAGACAGCCAGCAUCGCCGGUGGUGCCACAAUAGCAGUAUUCCUCGUCGUUAUCAUUUGUCUAACGGCUUAUAUUCAUUGUAAGCGAAAACAAAAGGAAUUACGGUCGAGCAAUAAUUGCGUCGACACGGUGGAUGGUCCUGGUCGAGAUCCGGAGCUGAGGCCGUUUAGCAACCGCAGCCGCUCUCUUAUGAUCUUCAUGGCCAAGAAUUCUAACAGCUCGGCGACGAUAGAGCAGACAAGAAUGCCCAACUGGAAUAAUCCAGAAACGGAGUCGAUGAGAAUGGCGUCCAUCAGUGAGAACAAGCACUCGAGCCAAUAGCGAACUGCAUGACGCAUCGUCUACAUACAACGUUUUACCGCGACGAUUUGUUAUCGGCGACAUUCGAGACAUAUGAAAGAUCAUCGAACAAACUACCCGAUUAGUUAAAGGUAGUUUGGAAUAUCUCGAGACAGCAGCGGCCUUUAGUAGCCUUUAUUAGCGAACUUGUUGAGGAAUAUUCCAAUUAUUUGAUUCAGCGAGUGAUGAACCAUCCUAACGCGGUGCUAAGAACACAAAUCAAGUAUGUGAAAACGAUUUCUGAGCUGAUGACAUGUACCGACACGACGAUGUCGGUUCUCUUCGAUUAUUAUAUUAUGUCGAGACAUUCCCGUACUGUCGCACUCUCGUAACCUCCGUUUUGAUCGAAGAGACGUUUGACGCUCGUCGAUUAUCGUGUAUUCCUUCUAAUGAACAUCUCGAUGAACGCGAAGAAUAAAUCUUUUGUCCAACAGUUUUAAAAGAUUUCUCACGAAUAAUGUGACGUGAGCCGAAACAUUUCCGUAGAUUCUUCUAUGAAAGCAAUAGGCUCGCGACCUGAGUGUCGUUUUUACGUAAACGUUUGUAUAGUAUCGCGUCUUAAUGUCAUCACUCACUAACAACGAACAAGAAAGAAAAGUAAUACACGUGUCAGUUGCAAAAGUAGUGCCUUUCUACUAUCGUUUGUAAGAAAGCAAAUAGUUGUGUGGUACACCUGAUCAAGAAGGAUCAAAAAUAGGAAAAAAAGAGAGAAUAAAAUCGCCUGUCUACUUCUCAUUGAAAUUCGCGAUGAGCGUCGUCAAAUUGCUAACCGUGUUACGAGCGCAGGACGCUAAUACACGCUAGUGACGAAAUAUUCUCUUGCAAAAUAAAAUCAAUAGCUGUAAAGCGCUGAUAGUAGACAAGGUAAAACCUUUGAUCCUUGGUACGUAACGCUACUCAUGCUCGAUCUCUAACUUCGUUCGUUAUUCGCGAAAGACUAAUCAGGGUAGCGAUCAAGUAAUUUUCUUUGUUGCAAAAAUGUGAAAAGUGAAAAUUUUCUCCAUUAAUCUCGUAUGGUAAAAAUUUUCACAUUUUAGAUUGUCAACCUAGAGAAAAAUUACAUAAUCGUUAUCUCGAUAUAUCUCUGGACAUAUACGGUGAUAAACACAAAUACGUUCUAUGAUGUCUCACAUUCUCUCAUCGCAGAAGUCUAGUACAUCGCGAUUGGAUCUAAUAAGUUGUUGCAUCGUACUUUUACUUAGGCUCUUCCAAAGAACGUUCACGAACGCGAUCGAUCGUACCAUUAGUAUCAAAGGGUUAAUGAACAUAUGUGUCUUACGUAGAAGUAUCUAAGAUUUAAAUCUAGGUUAAAUCCGACGUCUUACCAGAAAGCAAUAGUUCCCUAAGCACAUAUGAAGUACAUUUUGCCGCUAAAAAUAGAGAAAUACUAUUUAUUGCUAAUCGGUUAGAAAGAUUCUAUUGACGUCAGAUCGCCAUCCGGCGUUGUACUGUUAUAUAUUGACAAAUAUUUUCUCAAGACGUUUGCCCCUGUAACGCGAAAUAUCGUUUAUCAAAUCUUAGGCACACAAAAAAAAUGACGUACUUAUAGUGAAUCAAUUUUUGUUUCCACAUCUGUAACCACAAGCGGUAAAAAUAAAAAAUUUAAAAAAAAAGCGGAAUUCCAAAAGCGCUAUUAACUAUUAUCACAAAAUAGAGCAGCAAAUAUAGUAGAGCAAUAAAUUCGACGAUUUUGUAAGCGCAGAUCAUAAUUUGCUGAUUUCAUAAUGGAAAAACUGCGAUUAAAUUUGCUUCAUCUAUUUACAUGAGAAAAAAUCGAAUAUGAAAUUCAAAGAAUUUCUAGAAUUUUUUUGUCCUGUAUAUUUUGAUUCGAAACAAUGAAAUGAAUAUUGAAUGAUACACGCGUAUGUCAUUUCAUAUAUUAAUUCAGAUUAUCAUUUCUCAUUGGUCUCAUACGUAAAAUAAAGGAGUAACAGUCGACAUUGUUAAAUAGUUCGGUAAAAUCAAGGAAACUGCUAUAUUGCUAAUAUUAAAUCGAUCAUGCAUCGUUCUCUCUUGUUUCGUUACUUAUUUAUUUAUUUAAGAAGAAAGGCUCGGUCUCCGAUCACAUACACAAUUAUAACAAAAAAAUUUAUAAUUUUUUUCAUGUCUGAUUUUUCUACAUUUAAAACCUUUCCAUUUUUCUGAUUGCUGGUUCAUAAUUUAUGUAGCAUUAAAAAAUGUGUUAUGUUAACAAUGCAAUAGAAUGGAAUUGAUAUGUAUAUUUGGAGAUGUCUCUCGGAAGCUGAGCCUCCUUGUCAUUUUGUCUCAGCUUCUUGUAAAUAGUAAAUUAUUUUAGAUUAAAAAAGUCCCGGAUCGUAAAGUAUGUUAAUUAUUUAAAAAAACAACGUUUUCGUCGCGCCACAUCGUAUUACGCUGUACUACUACGUUCCAUCAGCCUGAUACCUCAUCGUACCAUGAUGCACUGCGCUUCAAAAAAAACCAAAAUGCAUAUUUUUAUAAUUAUAUAAUUCGUUGAAAGAACAUACCUAAAGAGAUGACAGAAAAAGUACUGAAAGUACAUUGAACGACGAUUCAAUAGUAAUUUGUACAUUUGUAGAUACUUUCGAGUAAAAGAAAAGGAAAGCUUCCAAAUACUUUUGUUUCACCUUUUUCAUAUUAAUCACUCACCCGUCGCUCGUCGCUUUGAGACACAUUUAGUAAUAACAUGACUACAAACUGGUUUCUCUAUUCAAACUACUCAAGAUUUCUGCUUAUUAUGAAAAAAAGUAGAGCUAAAGAAAAAGAAAGAAAAAGCUUAAAGUAAGAAAACGAAAGAAGCGUGGCCUAAACAUUUAUAAAAGCGAAUACAAAUGGUAUUUUUAUUAUUUAUAAAUAGUCCUCACACACAUUAACAGAAUGUAUUCUAAUUUAAUUCUCAUAUUUCAUAUUGUACGUGGUUCCUAAUUUAUUAUUACUAUAUACAUAUAUAUAUAAAUAUUAUAUAUAUACUAUAUAAUAAUAAUAAUGAUGCGUAUACGUUAUUAUUAUUAUUAGUAUUAUUAUUAACUAAUGUAAUUAUGACCAUUUGUUUACACUAUUAGAAAUUAUUAUUUCAAUAAAACUAUUUAAUAAGAAUUUGUUUGUGUGAACAGGAAUGUAUGAAAUACACGGUAUCGAAACGAGAGUGCUGAGAAUGUCUGAUUGUGUGUACUAUUAUGUCACAUCCAAAUCCAAAAUGCGAGUAUUUAAAGCAAGAACCAUCAGAUGACACGAAAGAAAAGAAAAAUAGCGUUUACUUCUAAUUUUAUACGUUUAUAAAAAAAUGUAUCACUAAAAUUUUUGCUGUAAUACGUUAAUAUCUUGGAACUGGUACUUCUGUAUAUGCAUAUAUGUAUAUAACUAAAUAGUAAAAUUGCCAAUUGACCUAUUUUGCACAUAAUAUAUAAUUUUUUCUGUUUCCAAAUCGAAUACGAUAAUAUUAAUCACUCCAAUAUACAUAUAUAUUUUUUAAUAAUUAUAAUAUUAUAAUAAUGUAUACAGCCUUAGCUAAAAAUACUAGACACCUAUUUUUAUUUGUGUGUGUGCGGACGUGUGUGUAUACAUGUACAUACAUAUCAUAGUAUGUAUGUACAUAUUUUUAUUUAUCUAGAAUUUUUUUACAUGUAUUAUUUCCUAUUAGUUACUAUACAAAAAUUUAAAAGGUUCUUGAAACAAACGAUAAUUAUCCAAUAUUAAAUAUUAUAAGUAAAAGAAUUCUAAAUAAAUAAAAAAGUAUAUAAAUGUCUAAUAUUUUUAGGUAAGACUGUGUGUGCGUAUGUAUAUGCGUAUAUAUGUAAAUACAUAUAUACAUAGUUUGUAUUUAUUUGGAAUUUGGAAAAUUAAUGUUAUUGUGUUCGAAAAUAAUUUUGAAUUUCUUUUAAGAAGAGAUUACAUUAAAGACAUUUUAUUGCGUAUAAUAAAUGUAGUAUUUCUGACAAUCUUGGUUAAAGAUUUCAAUAAUGUAAUUUCUACAAAAAAUAUUUGUACUGGAAAUCUUACAUAUGUAUUCGCAUGCAAUAAUUCCUUACUACAUUUAAGUUAUAUAGUUAACAAAUCUUUGAAAUAGACAUUUCAUUAAAAGUUACAGUCUAAACGUUUCAUUUAAAAAAAAACUUAUAUAAAAAAAUAAUCAGUGUAAAAUUAUUCGAUAUAUUUCUAGCAGAUGUGACUUAUUUGAAAUAGGCUUUCUGUUAAAAAUUAUGUAAUGUAUCAUGUGCGUGGAGAUAGCGAUGAGUUCGAAAUCUCUUUCUCGUUCAUGUCACCUGAUGGUUAAACUAAUAUUUCCACUAAUUUAACGCUUUUUCCUGACUCGGCAGAAUUCAGCCGGGCCGUCAAACGAGCCUUAUUACGAUUUGUAUUUUGUAAAUUGUCGUUAGAGAUGAUCAACAAAAGCAUUACUGAUAACCAGGUUUGAAAAGAUAACCAAUUAAUAUUGACCAAUGAUGACAUUUUUAUCACAGAUAGCGAUAUUAUAUUCCACACGAUGAUUACACAAAUAUAAAAUAACGACACCAAAAUGUCAUCCAAAAAAAAA